AUGGACCGGGACCAAGAAGUCCUGGAUAAAUGGUCCAGCAACAACCCAGCUGUGACUGCUCCAGCAACAUAUGUCCUGAGCCGCUCUUCUGCGGUGCAACAGAAUCGAUCUGAAAGCUCUUCGCUGCCGACUUUGCGACCUUCGAAUUCGACGACCGACAAGCCACGAAGUGAGCCGGCUGAGCAGCAGUCUUAUCAGCCGCCAUCCAAGUACGAUGUCGGGUGGCGCAGAGUGGUGCGGAACUUCUCGCCCUCGUGGUUCAGCGUGACCAUGGGAACUGGCGUUGUGUCGAUCCUGCUCAUUCAGAUCCCUUUUCAGGCGGAAUGGUUGUACUGGCUCUCGGUCAUCUUCUUUGGGCUCAACGCCAUCCUCUUUGCCUUGGCCUUUUCCAUUUCGGUGCUGAGGUACACGCUCUAUCCGGAGAUCUGGCAUGUGAUGAUCCAGGAUCCGACAAACUCGCUCUUCCUGGGGACGAUACCCAUGGGCUUCGCCACGCUGGUGACAUCCUGGGUAUUCCUUUGCUGUCCUUACUGGGGAGAGUGGGCGACAACCUUCGCGUGGGUCUGCUGGAUGAUCGACUGUGUGGUCGCUGUCGCCGUGACGGUGUCUCUUCCCUUCCUGCUCAUGAGCCAGUCCCACCAGCAGAGCCUAGAUCGCAUCACUGCCGCACAGCUGCUGCCCAUCGCUGCGACCAUUGUGGCAUCCGGCACGGGAACCGGUGUCGCCAAUAUCUUGCCCAACCCGGAGCGUGCUCUCGGAACGGUGAUAGCAUGCUAUGUGCUCUGGGGCAUGUCGACGCCACUGGCAAUGACAAUCCUUGUCAUCUACUACCAGCGUUUGGCACUGCACAAGAUCCCACCACGGGAGAUUGUCGUGUCAUCCUUCCUCCCUCUUGGUCCUCUUGGCAUGGGCGGCUAUGCCAUUAUGAGGUGCGGUGGUGUCGCGAGGAAGGUCUUUCCUCAAGUUGAGUUCUUCCACAACCUGGAAAUCGCUGGAGAUAUUGUGUACAUCCUGGGUGUCUUCGUGGCUCUGAUCAUGUGGUCUUUUGGGCUUUGCUGGCUGGUGUUUGCGCUGGCUUCCAUUUAUGGAUCUCGACCAUUCCCAUUCAAUAUGGGUUGGUGGGGCUUUACCUUCCCAUUAGGAGUCUGGUCGCUCAGCACGAUCCAUUUUGGCACCGAGAUGCCGAGUCUCUUCUUCAGGGUCCUCGGCACUAUUGGCGCUGUUUCAGUCGUACUUUUGUGGAUCAUUGUCGCUGCAGGAACUGCCCGAGGGGCAUGGCGUGGGCAUUUAUUCAAUGCUCCCUGUCUCAAGAACCUGAAGCCUGCUGAGCAGAAAGAUGUCACAGAAGCAGCCGAAGCUGAGAAGGCAAAUGGUAAUGGAUGA